AUGUCGCUGGCGAUACAAAAUCGAACUUUUGAGUUCCAGCAAUGCGUGUCGUCUUAUGACAAAAUCAACAGAAGGCAGCAAGGCGGCCAGCAGCGGCAAGACACUCUGGCACCCAAGAAAUCACGUUUCUCCCAGCAAGCCCUGAUAAUCGCCAAAGACAUUGCCCACACAACAGAGCUUCUACUGAAGCUCGCACUUUUGGCUAAGAAGAAACCACUCUUUGAUGACCGGCCCGUGGAGAUUGGCGAGUUGACCUAUGUAAUCAAGCAAGACAUAUUUAAGAUUGAGCAGAGCAUACAAAAUCUCCAGCGAUUUGCCAAGGGAGAGCUGUCCAUCCAGAUGGAUUCUCAGAUCAAUCAGUACUCGAAAAAUGUUUUGAAUUUGCUUAACUCGAAAAUGAAGAAUGUAAGUGGUGAGUUCAAAAAUGUUUUGGAGCUUAGACAGAAGAAUGAGCUAAUGAACAAAACUAGGCAGGAGAACUUCUUGAGUGCUGCCACCAACAGGCGACAGAAUUCUCUGACGCCGCUCAGUGAGAGCGACUCCGCUAGGGGCACGGGAGUGAAUAACUCAUCCCAUAACUUAGGGGAGAAUCCAUACAUGCAUAGUUUCGAAGAUGAGCCAGCGCAGAACGGAGGCGCUGAGCUUCUCUCCAUACCUGACCAAACCAGACAGCUACUUCUCAUGGAAGAGCAGAGCAACGAAUACCUACAGCAGAGAAACAGUGCAGUCGAGACCAUUGAAGCCACCAUUAAUGAGGUAGGCAACCUCUUCUCCCAGUUAGCAACAAUGGUGACUGAGCAGGGUGAGCAAAUUCAAAGAAUUGACCAAAACGUUGAAGACAUCGAUAUGAACAUAUCGGGGGCUCAGAGAGAAUUACUCAAGUACUACGCCCAUAUUUCCAACAACAGGUGGUUGUUCUUGAAAAUCUUCGGUGUGAUGCUAUUUUUCUUCUUUUUGUGGGUGAUGGUGAGCUAG